AUGUCAAAAAUCCAUCUAAGCUCAGUAAUACACAGUUACAACCUAAUACAAGGUCAACUCAAAGAUAUUUAUGCUCAUGUCGAUCAUGUUACUAUCCCACUAACGGAUUAUUAUGCAUCCUGUCAUAUUUGUGAAGCUCAAAAACGUAAAAGUAAAUAUUUUCAAUUUAUCAUUUAUUUCAUUCACACUGUGGAUUUUACUAUAGAAAAUUUUGAUAUACAUUUUAACAAUAACAGAAUUAUAUGA